UUGGAUCGACUUCUCCCUAUUAAGACAAAGAAGGAGAAUGGUGUCAAGAAAAGGACAAGUAACAGGCUCAGCAAAACUCCUCGAGUGAAAGCAAAGGAGGAGGACGAACCUACGUACUGUUUCUGCAGUAGAGUGAGUUAUUUCAUUACUGCAGCCAUGAAAUGUUGUUUGAAUUUGUUUAUCAGAAAAUUUUUCCGUUUAAAUAGAUUAAUCGGAUACAUUCCUCAGAUAUCAUUUGGGGAGAUGAUCGGAUGUGACAAUGAGAAAUGCGAAAUCGAAUGGUUUCACUUCGAAUGCAUCGGUCUUACCACAAAGCCUAAAGGCAAAUGGUUCUGUCCGAAUUGCCGGCAUCCGGAUAGCGCUCGUAUGCCGAAAGCGUCUCGAGCUAUCAACGCCAAUAAUCGGAACAAUGCAGCGGUUGAGAAAGUCUAG